AGUAGAAUAAAAACAAAGCGCGGUAAACUUUGAAGGCUAGCAUAUCCUCCAAGAGCAAACAGUUCACAAUACUUAAAAAAAAAAAACAACUUCCAGUAUUCUUAAUCUUCUCCUAAACCAAUAAAAUGAAACUCCUGUUCGCUGUUCUCCUUGCACUUCCGGUUAUGAUCACGUGCCAGGUUGCUGAUCUUCAUCAGUACGCCCUCGACGCCUUCAAACUCCUGGACAUGAACGCAGACGAUAACAUUCAGAGGAACGAGCUUGACCAUUAUUUUGUGGUUUACGAUACCAACCAUGACGGUCAGAUCUCCAGACAUGAAUAUACCGUCCACGUGACUGAACAGUACGGCCAUGACCCUCAGCUGAACCACCUCCUCCACAGCUUGUAUGACGGUCUGGACACCAACGGUGAUCAUCACCUGACUCACGUUGACUACGACAACUUAUACGCCAAGGCUGACUCCAACAGCAACGGAGUGGUCAAUCAGGUGGAAUUCACUACAUUCUUCGAAGCCGCAGUGCAUGCAGCAACGGGACGGUAAGAAUUCAGAGCUAUUUAGAAUGAAACAUUUCUCAUCUUGAUGCCAAGCGUAUCCACGUCUUUUGAUAACCAAAUGUAAUGCAAGCACACGCAUUUAGUGAUUAUGUAUAAUAAACUGAUUUACAAGCGUG